CUUUGCUUGGGUGCUACUACCUAUAUGCCUGUAUUUCACCCACAUGUCCACAUCUCUGGUAUACCCUCCUACGGAUACCAGAAUAUCCAUGAGGUAUCGACGCUCCUCGUCCAUGAUACAUGCUUGGAUUGUACUCGUACUUGCUCUUUGCAGGGACGAUGCGGCUCCCAAGCUCUCACGUACUGGCAACCUAGUCGACUAGUGGCCCCUUUCUACACCAGCCGAUCCGUCCCAAAGCACGGGAAUGCAUGCAUGGCCUACCUCCUUCUCCGUAUCUCGCUUGUCUCCGUCCUCCCCGUGCCUUGCCUUGCCUUUGCCUUGCCUUGGACUGGCAAACUCGAUUUCCAGCAUCCUUCUUCAAACUUCUGUGCAGGCCUUCAGGGAUGACACUCAAGUGUGUUCUGCUUGUUCACAUGAUGCCACAGCCUACCCCCUCCAACAACCCCCUGACGCUCUAUUCUCGUUCAUGCUGCUAUUUUGCCAUGGACAUGGGAGAGAGAGACUGGCAAAUAACGCGUUGCUGUGGCUGUGGUCAGCUCCCGUCCGUGACUCACUCGCUC